AUGGGGGCACUUCGAGCUACGGCCCCGCAUUCCGGAAAGCACGAGGGAGAUUAUCAAAUAGGCUCGCGAAAGAAGGCGCAAGUUCUACCUCAGCGCGGCCACACUUACCGUCUCUCUCCUUCCGCCGGCGGCGCUCUCACAUCGACGCGUGCCGUGCGCAUCGAUUGGUGGAGAGUCCGGCUUCUCCCAGCAGCCCUUGCGACGGCGCGCAAAGCUGGCCCUGCCCCCCACCCUUACGGAGUUUGGGAGGGCGGGAUCGUGCUUUUUCAUUCCAGAGUCGCGAAUUCCAUCAGGCGAGUGUUCAUAGCCGAAGUUCCCAUCAUAGCUAUAGACUGGGUUCAGAUUGAUGCCAAUUCAUCAGUGCUGCAUGAUGAGUUCAUUGCACACAGAUUAGGUCUGAUCCCACUUACCAGCGAUGGUGUUGUUGAUAAGCUGCAAUACUCCAGGGACUGCACCUGCGACGAGUUUUGUCCCGAGUGCUCAGUGGAAUUCUCUCUCGACGUCCGAUGCAACGAAGAUCAGACGCGGCACGUCACAUCUCGGGACCUCAUCUCCAACAACUCUCAAGUUAUACCGGUGACAUCCAGAAGGCGGGACAAUGACCCCAAUGACUACGUUGAACCAGAUGACAUCCUGAUUGUCAAGUUACGGAAAGGCCAGGAAUUAAGACUCCGGGCCUACGCUAAGAAGGGUUUUGGUAAGGAGCAUGCCAAGUGGAACCCCACAGCAGGAGUGGCCUUUGAAUACGAUCCAGACAAUGCCCUGCGUCACACGGUCUACCCCAAGCCUGAGGAAUGGCCAAAGAGCGAAUACUCUGAAAUUGAUGAAGAUGAAGCCCAGGCACCAUACGAUCCCAACGGGAAGCCAGAAAGGUUUUAUUACAAUGUGGAGUCCUGUGGUUCUCUGCGUCCUGAGACCAUUGUCCUCUCAGCCUUAUCUGGCUUGAAGAAGAAGUUGAGCGACCUCCAAACCCAGCUGAGUCAUGUGAUCCAGAGUGAUGUGCUGACUAUAAACUGAUUGUGGUUGACUACUUGAAGCAGCCCUGGUUUCUGGGAAUGAUAGAGGCAGCUGAGAUCACCGGAGGCCCACUUUGCCAGCUGGAACUCUUUGGCCUCCAAAUCCGAUACCUGUUAGCGCUUUUCUCUUGCUAGCCUUGGGUCAAAUCAGGCUUUGUCCUAAACCAGUGUUUUUCAACCUCAGAAACUUUAAGGUGUGUGGACUUCAAAUCCCAGAAUUCCCCAGCCAGCCUGCAUAGACCAACUCUCAUGCUGGCUGAGGAAUUCUGGGAGUUCAAGUCCAUACAUCUUGAAGUUGCUGAGGUUGCAAAACACUCUUCUAAAUUGCCUUCGACGUUCUGUAAGAAAAUAUUGGUUUUAGAUGUGAGAAUUUGAAGCUUGAGAAUAAAAACAUAGUUUUACUGCGGGGGGGUGGGUUCUGCCAAUUCUUGAGUGUGUUGGGAACUUGACUUUUAACAGAUGCAGAAAAAACAUUCGCCCCACCAACUGUAUCUCUUGUUCUCUGUUCUCAUCUCUCCUGAUUCUUGAAUAAAAGAUCUCCAGUCUGAUGGAAGUCCAUGUUACACAACAGGUGUUUGUUUAUGCAUAAUAAAAAUAAAAGUUUUGAGAAGGA